UACAAGUUGGUAGAAAAUGAAUUGGCUUCGAAAAAUCGUCAGUGGCAAAAGAAGAAGGCUCAAGAAAGACAAUUAUGAUCUCGAUAUUACCUAUAUUACAAGAAGAAUUAUAGCAAUGAGCUUCCCAGCUGUGGGCUUUGAGAAAAUGUACAGGAAUGCAAUGUCAGAUGUCGUAACCUACCUCGAUCAAAAUCAUGGAGGCCAUUACAGAGUUUAUAAUAUGAGCGGCAGGACAUACGACUAUUCAAAAUUCCAUGGAGAGGUCGAGAGCUAUCCCUGGGAAGACCACCACCCACCUAAUAUUGAUAUACUGUUUAAGUCUUGUCACUCUAUGUACGAAUACUUACUCAAAAAUAAUGAAAAUGUUAUUGUAGUUCACUGAAAUGCUGGAAAAGGAAGGACUGGAACAAGUAUCUCAUGCUUUCUUAUUUACUCAGGUUUAUCUGCCACAGCAGAAGAUGCUAUGACAUAUUAUGGCAGGAAAAGAUUCUCUACAGGUAAAGGUGUAACCCAGCCAUCCCAGAAGAGAUACAUAAAGUAUUUCGAGCAAAUUUAUAAAGCAAAGGUGAAAUCUCCUGAAAAAUAAAUUGAUGAAGUCUCUCUCUUUUAAAGGAGUUCCUUUUCUGAAUGGAGAUAAUGCUAAGAUUUAUUUUGAAAUUGUUGAUACUAAGACAAUGGACGUUGUCUACUCGUCUAAGCAAGCAAAUAUGGUCAAGUAUAGCUUCUUCGGACAACAUUUGGAUAUGCUCCAAUGAUACGAACUUCUACCAGCAGACGAUAUUGAUUUGAUCCUAUCAGGAGAUCUUAUUUUUAAAAUCAGAAAUGGCUAUGGUUUUGGAAAUAGUGUGCUGUGCAGAUUUUCCAUAAAUAGCUCUUUUCUAGGAUCGCAAAUAGACCUCACAAAGCAAGAGCUGGAUCCAAACCAUUUUAAGAAAGACACCAGAUUCCCAGAAUAUUUUAAUAUUUGACUGCGAACAGAAAAAGGAUGCCCUGAUUGUGACUCAAGCAAAGAAUUAAAUGAGCUUUGCCAAGAAUGCAUUAAAGACUUGGAAGAAGAGUUGAGUGGAUGGUCGUACAUCCAAGGAACUCUGCAUGACUUAUUCGAAGACCCUAAGAAAAUCCCUAGCUACAAGAAAGCUCUUAAGAUUCAUUUCCUUGGUGCAAAACCUGACUAUGAAGAAACCUUAGAGCUAGCUGCUGAAGAGAUAUCCAAAGUGAAACUUAUCACUGGCAGCGUUCGCAAGGGAACAAAUCACCAGGACAUGAAUAUCGAGAUGGGUGAUAAGAAACAAAUCUCUGUGUCCAAAAAGUAUUUCAAUAGGUACAGCUCUGAUGAGCCUUCUAAAUCCCAGAGUAAUGAGUCUUCUCCUCACAGAAUGAAACGAGCAGGGACUCUUUUUGAAGAUCUUCUAAAUGAGAACAAUGAAUACAUGCCUGACUUUAAUCAAGAGAUACAUAGAAAACAUACGUACUUCGUUAAGCCUGAAAAGCUACUUUCUGAAAACCAGGAAGCUCAGAUCGAAGAAGGCAAGUAUGAGUUUGAUAUCCCUGAUGGUGAAAGCAAUAGUAAUAGCGGCAAUAGUUUGGAUGAAGAGGACAUCGACCAUGAUACUCCAUAUUGGAAAUAGAAGAGAAAUAGCAGAAGGAAGUUUAUAUCAGGAUAUCUUACAAUCUAAUAUUGAGAAAGCUGUUGUUCAGAGAGAGCCAAGCAAGCAAUCUUCCAAAGCUAAUUAUGGAGAAGAAGAUAAAGAAGAAUCAUUAGCAGCUCAUUUUGCUUACGUUGAUAAUAAGGAUAACAUUAAUAAUGAUAUCACUCAUGUCAAGAGAGGAGGUACUGUCUAUAAAAAAAAAGUUACCAAUCCUGCUCAUUUGUCCCAAAAAUUCCCUCAAGCUAAGCCUCAGCCAGAUUUUUCAUCAUCCUCAGAUGAGGAUGAUGAAGAGGAGGGGACUUCUUUUGACAUCAUCAACAGAAGUUCUGUCUAUAGUAACAAGGACAAAAAGCCUGCUAAAUAUAAAGACGACAAAGAUCCUUUUGCAGGAUUUUAAUUCAAAAUUUAACAAAACUCCUCAAACUCUUA